GAGAAAUCAAAGCUCAUGUGAGCCCAUUGGUCAUCCACCAUCCGGUAAGGAAAACAAAGUCUAUAAAUAGCAAUCUCUUGGUCUUGGGUUUCUAUUUAAUUACUUCCUAAAUUUCAGCUCUCACUCGUCCAGAUUUCUACACUACACAGCAGUAUCAUUAUGGCGGCGUUGCCCCAAGAUGAUCUGACGCGAUCCUCGAGCAGUCGCCGGAGUUUUGCGUCAGCGAGUUUCCCGGAAGCAUGGCGAGGGCAGCCAGACGUGUUCGGCCGCACGACGAGCCAAAGCAUGCGAGAAGACGACGAGGAGAAGCUCCGGUGGGCGGCGAUCGAGCGGCUCCCGACGUAUGACAGGUUGAGGAAGGGGAUGCUAAAUAGAGUGCUGGACAACGGGGAAAUCGUGCAAGGUGAGGUGGAUGUAACUAAGCUAGGAAAUCAGGAGAAGAAGCUGUUGAUGGAUAGUGUACUCAAGACUGCGGAAGAAGGUAACGAGAGGUUUCUUCAGCGAUUGAGGGACCGGACUGAUAGGGUGGGAAUUGAGAUUCCGAAGAUUGAAGUCCGGUUUGAGCAUUUAUCAGUUGAUGGAGAUAUACAUGUUGGGGGCAGAGCACUUCCUACUCUGUUUAAUGCCACCUUGAACGCACUUGAGAGCGUUCUUGGACUAUUUCGGCUUGCCCCUUCUAAGAAGAGAAAAAUUCAGAUACUUAAAGAUGUUAGCGGCAUUGUGAAACCAUCACGGAUGACAUUGCUUUUGGGUCCACCAAACGCAGGCAAAACAACAUUGUUGCUAGCACUAGCAGGGAAGCUUGAUCGGGACCUAAGGUUAUCAGGAAAAGUCACUUAUUGUGGUCAUGAAUUGAAUGAGUUUGUUCCUCAAAGAACCUGUGCUUACAUUAGUCAAUUGGAUCUUCAUUAUGGGGGAAUGUCAGUGAGAGAGACAUUGGAUUUCUCAGGGCGCUGUUUUGGGGUUGGCACAAGAUAUGAAAUGCUUGUGGAGCUCUCAAGACGAGAGAAAGAUGCAGGAAUUAAACCAGAUCCUGAGAUUGAUGCAUUUAUGAAGGCCACAGCAGUGUCGGGCCAAGAGACCAGUUUGGUUACAGACUAUAUUAUCAAGAUACUUGGAUUGGAUAUUUGUGCGGAUAUUUUGGUUGGUGAUGAGAUGAUAAGGGGUAUUUCUGGUGGAGAAAAGAAGCGCGCGACCACUGGAGAGAUGUUGGUGGGACCAGCAAAAGCUCUUUUCAUGGAUGAGAUAUCGAACGGGUUGGACAGUUCCACAACUUUUCAGAUUGUCAAUUGCAUGAAGCAAAUGGUCCAUAUAAUGGACGUGACGAUGAUCGUCUCUCUUCUUCAGCCAGCCCCAGAAACUUAUGAUUUAUUUGACGACAUCAUCUUACUUUCAGAAGGUCAAAUUGUCUAUCAAGGUCCGCGUGAUAAUAUCCUCGAGUUCUUUGAGUUCAUGGGUUUCAAAUGCCCUGAGAGGAAAGGAGUUGCUGACUUUCUUCAAGAAGUAACUUCGAAGAAAGAUCAAGAACAAUACUGGUUCAAAAAGAACGAACUUUAUAGAUAUGUCUCAGUUGCCGAAUUCUCACAGGCCUUCUACUCAUUCCCUAUAGGCCAACAACUAGCGGCAGAUCUCAGUGUUCCUUACGAUACAACAAAAACCCACCCGGCUGCUUUGGUGACAGAAAAGUAUGGGAUCUCCAACCGGGAACUCUUUAGGGCGUGCUUUGAUAGAGAGUGGCUCUUAAUGAAGCGGGACAUUUUUGUUCACAUAUUCAAAAUCACCCAAAUAACAAUCAUGGCAUUGAUAGCCUUGACUGUUUUCUUGAGGACAACAAUGCCGUAUGGCACUUUGCUAGAUGGAGGGAAGUUUUUUGGAGCUCUAUUCUUCAGUUUGAUCUCUGUGAUGUUUAAUGGGAUGGCGGAGCUCGCAAUGACUAUGUUGAAGCUUCCUGUCUUCUAUAAACAGAGGGAUGCCUUGUUCUAUCCUCCGUGGGCUUUUGCCUUGCCGAUUUGGGUCCUUCGGAUACCCAUCUCCCUCCUGGAAUCAGCAAUAUUGGUUGGUCUUACGUAUUACACAAUUGGGUUUGCUCCUGCUGCGAGUAGAUUUUUCCGUCAGUUCUUGGCAUUCUUCAGUAUACAUCAGAUGGGUCUGUCUCUCUUUCGCUUUAUUGCGGCGGUGGGAAGAACACAGGUUGUUGCUAGCACUUUAGGCACCUUCACCUUGGUACUGAUUGUUGUUCUUGGAGGAUUUAUUGUUGCCAAAAACGACAUUGAGCCAUUUAUGAUAUGGGGCUAUUAUAUUUCUCCAAUGAUGUAUGGACAGAAUGCAUUAGUCAUGAAUGAAUUUCUUGACAAGAGAUGGAGUGCCAAUAACACGGACCCCCGAAUUAAUGCACCUACGGUUGGGAAAGUCCUCCUCAUGUCGAGAGGCUUCUUCACGGAUGAUUACAUGUUUUGGGUUUGCAUUGGAGCACUGGUUGCGUUUUCUAUUCUCUUCAACGUUUUGUUUAUUGCAGCAUUGACUUACUUGAAUCCUCUGGGUGAUUCAAGAGCUGCAGUGUUGGAGGAAGAUGAUGAAAAAAAGAAGUCACUAUAUGGACAAAUGGCAUCUGAAGGUGUUGAUAUGGCAGUAAGAAAUACUUUACAGAGUAAUCAUGCACCUAGAAAAGGAAUGGUUUUGCCCUUUCGACCCCUUUCACUAGCAUUCAAUCAUGUCAACUACUAUGUGGAUAUGCCCGUUGAAAUGAAAAAGCAAGGGAUUGAGGAGGAUCGUCUUCAACUGUUGCGAGAUGUUAGUGGUGCUUUCAGACCAGGGAUAUUGACUGCACUUGUGGGUGUUAGUGGUGCUGGAAAGACCACAUUGAUGGAUGUGUUGGCCGGAAGGAAGACUGGUAGGUAUAUUGAAGGAACUAUCAGCAUUUCAGGUUACGCGAAGAACCAAGCAACAUUUGCUAGGGUUAGCGGGUACUGUGAACAGAAUGACAUUCACUCACCUUAUGUUACUGUUUAUGAGUCUCUUCUAUACUCUGCUUGGCUCCGUCUUUCCUCAGAUGUGAACACAAAAACACGGAAGAUGUUUGUUGAAGAAGUGAUGGAGUUGGUUGAGCUUGACCUGAUAAGGAAUUUCUUAGUUGGGCUUCCGGGAGUAGACGGUCUUUUGACAGAACAAAGAAAGAGGUUGACGAUAGCUGUAGAACUGGUUGCUAACCCAUCUAUCAUCUUCAUGGAUGAACCUACAUCGGGCCUUGAUGCUAGAGCUGCAGCCAUUGUUAUGCGAACUGUGAGAAAUACGGUGGACACGGGAAGAACUGUAGUGUGCACAAUUCACCAACCAAGCAUAGACAUUUUUGAAGCUUUUGAUGAGUUACUUUUGAUGAGGAGAGGAGGCCAAGUCAUUUAUGCUGGACCUCUAGGUCGCCAAUCCCAAGAGCUUAUAGAAUAUUUUGAAGCUGUCCCAGGUGUGCCCAAGAUUAAGGAUGGUUACAAUCCUGCUACAUGGAUGUUAGAGAUUAGUGCUCCUACGGUUGAGACUCAACUGAAUGUUGAUUUUGCUGAGAUAUAUGCCAACUCCUCCCUUUAUCAGAGAAAUCAGGAGCUCAUUAAAGAACUCGGUACUCCGGCUCCGGGAUCGGAGGAUCUAUACUUUUCGACCAAGUACUCUCAAUCAUUUGUUACACAGUGCAAAGCUUGUUUCUGGAAACAACACUGGUCUUACUGGAGGAACCCCCAGUAUAAUGCCAUCCGGUUCUUCAUCACCAUUGUUAUUGGUGCAAUAUUCGGGUUUAUUUUAUGGAAAAAAGGGCAGCAGAUGACAAAGGCACAGGAUCUGAUAAAUCUUAUGGGAGCUAUGUAUGCUGCUCUUCUCUUCCUUGGAGCCACUAAUGCUUCUUCAGUCCAGGCUAUUGUUAAUAUUGAGAGAACCGUAUUUUACCGUGAAAGAGCAGCCGGGAUGUAUUCAGCGUUGCCUUACGCAUUUUCUCAGGUAGCCAUAGAGGUAGUUUAUGUUACAAUCCAAACAUUGGUAUACUCUCUUAUACUCUACUCCAUGAUUGGGUUCGAGUGGAAGGUUGGAAAAGUCUUGUGGUUCUCCUAUUACCUAUUAAUGUGCUUCAUCUACUUCACAAUGUAUGGCAUGAUGGUUGCCGCACUGACACCUAACGUCCAAAUUGCUGCCAUUGUUAUGAUCUUCUUCCUUAGCUUGUGGAACUUAUUCUGUGGUUUCCUCAUUCCCAGGCCGGUAUGUACGUCGACUUAAGACCUCCUCAAGCUUUAGUUCCUAAAUGUGGAAACUGUCAUUUAUUUCAUAGAAUAUAUUGCAAAACAUUUGUUCAGAAUGAUGUGAUUGAACUACAGUUACUUAUUUCGAAAUUGAAAGGUUGGAAACCAAAGCAUCUACUGUCGUGUGUGGCUUCAAUUUAAUGAAGAGGCCCAUUGGGUCAGUUGGGCCUGUGAGUUGCUCUAUAAAUAUGUGUUCUCAGCAGUCUCUAGGGGUUAAGAGAAAAAAGGUUGGUAGAAUCUUGUUUUAAUGAGAAAAACCAAGAGAGACGGAGAGAUACACUUGUGAGGAGAUCGUAACUUGUAAUCCUUAUUGAGUAUAGUGGAUUGAUUCGUCCCUUUCCUCCGUGGAGUAGAUACACAGCCUAUGUAUCAAACCACGUAAAUCUCUCGUGUUCUUGUGUGCUUGGUUUCUUGCUUUCCUUUCGUUCAUCUUAUUGUUCUUGUUCUAGAUUGAUUUUGCGUGAUAGAUACGUUGUGUCUUCCGCUUAUCACACAACAUCUACUAUGGUGGCUCGUAAUUCAAGAAAUGUUGUUGUCACUUCAUUCUUGAUGAGCAUAUUGUCCUCCAUAAAGACCGUUGAAGACAAAUUUAGGGUGUUUCAUUUUGAGAAAAAGGUCUACAAAACCGAAAGUACAAAAAAAAUUCUGUGAGUAAAUGCAAAAUUGUGUUCUUCCUAUGCCAGUAUUUUUUCUACAAAUACAAUACUAAAUCAUUCUUCAUUCUUGAGCAAGUUCUUGUUUAAAGAUUCUGAUGUGGACCAUUUUCACAAAACAAAAACAAACCAUUGUAAGUGGAUUCUGGAAGAGCUUUAUCUGUAAUAUCAUUGUAAAUUUGUACUAUACCUUUGAUGUGUUAUCCAAUA